UUUAAUCCAAGUUCUAGUUCACCUCAUGACUCUCAAAAACGCUAGACUUCUAUUUACUUAACAUUGAAGAUAACUCUUCAACAAAAAUGCUAUUCAUUAGUACAAAUAUUUAUCUGUGUUUUUAUAGUACUACAGUGAUUAACGUGAAAUAAAGCCCGUGCGGAAAUCCUUUUACUGCAUUUUAACGCUUUUUAUCACGUUUUUGUACGAGUAAAAAGUGCCAGAAUGGACGCUGGUUAUACUUUAACGCUUGAAAAUCCCAAACGAAAGGCAAACAUCAUCUCAAAACUGUUUUUCCUAUGGAUGGUAAAACUGUGUUACAAAGGGACCAAAAAAGGCCUCGAAAUCGCCGACUUGUACAAAACAUUAUCGAGCGACCAGUCCGAAAAACUCACCGAUGAAUUGGAAAAACAUUGGAAUGAAGAAGUCGAGAGAAAUAAACUGAAACUUCAAAAACCUCCAAGUCUGACACGAGCAAUUGUCAAAACUUUUCUCUGGAAAUAUAUGGGAUUUGGGAUUUUGUUGUUUAUCCAAAAUAUUGUUUUCCGAGCGUUCCAACCAGUCGUUCUGGCCUAUUUUAUUAAUUUAUUUCCGGGGGAAGGCAAAGAGAAUCAGAAUGAAAUGUAUAUUCUUGGGUCAAUUCUAGUCAUACAAUCGUUUUUUAUCGUUAUCACUAUGCACCACAUUGAUUUAGGGCAAGCCUCAAUUGGGAUGAGGAUUCGAGUAGCUGUCUCGUCACUGAUUUAUCGAAAAAUGUUAAAGCUGAAUAAACGGUCUUUAGGGCAAGCAUCAGCCGGUCAAGUCGUCAACUUGCUCUCAAACGAUGUUAACCGUUUCGAUUUUAUCACUUUGUCUUUGCACUAUCUAUGGAUAAUGCCUUUCCAAGUCGUACUAGUGACUUAUUUAAUUUGGAGGGAAAUGGGAAUCUCGACUUUAGCAGGAGUCCUCUCCAUGGUGUGCCUCACACUCCCAGUUCAAGGCUACUUGGGCAAAUUGACCUCAAAACUGCGUCUCAAAACGGCCCAAAGAACCGACUAUCGUGUCAAACUUAUGAAUGAAAUCAUCUCAGGUAUACAAAUAAUCAAAAUGUACGCUUGGGAAAAGCCCUUCGAGCACAUCAUAAAGCUGGCCAGAAAAAACGAAAUCGACGUCGUGACCAAAGCCUCAUACUUGAGAGGAAUUUACUUAAGCUGUAUGGUGUUCAUAGAACGCACCACUUUAUUUCUCACAAUCACAUGUUAUGUACUUUUGGGUAACCCAAUAACCGCCGAUAAAGUCUUCUCGAUCGCCCAAUUUUACAACAUUUUGCAACUAGCUUUGGCCAUUUGUUACCCAAUGGCUAUCACAUUCGGGGCUGAAACUUUAGUCUCAAUCAAACGUCUCCGCAAUUUCCUAGUUUUGGAGGAAAAACCAGAAUCGCAAAUCGAGAAAAAAAGCGAGCAAGACAUUGAAUUUGAUAACACAAGUGGUGCAUGGAACACCGACUCUUUGACCAUCAAAAAUUUAGAUUUGUUCAUCCCUCAAGGAACUCUAUGUGCUAUAGUGGGCCCUGUCGGAGCUGGUAAAACUUCAAUCCUACAAAUGUUACUGGGAGAGUUGCCUCCAAUCACUGGAUCAAUUAAAGUUGGAGGGAAAAUUUCGUAUGCGUCACAAGAGCCGUGGCUUUUUGCAUCAACUGUCCGAAAUAAUAUUCUUUUUGGUCGGGAGUAUGACAGAACUUUGUAUAGAGAAGUGGUAAAGGUGUGCGCGUUGGAACAAGACUUCAAGCAGUUUCCUCAAGGUGAUAAGACUGUUGUUGGGGAAAGGGGAGUAUCGUUAAGUGGAGGACAAAGGGCGAGAAUUAAUUUAGCAAGGGCUGUAUAUAAAGGAGGGGAUGUUUUCCUCCUUGAUGAUCCUCUAUCGGCUGUUGAUACUCACGUCGGGAGGCAUCUAUUUGAGAAGUGCAUUUUGAAGUAUUUGGGGAGUAAGACGAGGGUUUUGAUUACGCAUCAGUUGCAGUAUUUGAAGAAAGCGGAUCAUAUUGUGGUCCUCAAUGAAGGAAGAGUCGAAGCACAAGGAAAGUUCCAAGAAUUGAUCAACAGUGACUUAGAUUUUACCAAAUUGUUGGCCUCUCAAGACGAGACAGACAAAGAAGAAACUUCCAAGUCACUUGUUGACAGAAAAUCGUCCGUUGUUUCAGUCAAAAGUAACAUAAGUGAGUCAAGCGAGUUUUUUGAAGCAAGUGAAGAUAUGGAAGACCUGGAUUAUUCAAAUUCUUCACCUUUCAAAGAUUAUAUUAAAGCUUCAGGGAACUACUGUGCCAUUUUCAGCCUACUUUUAGUCCUUUUAUUGGGACAAUCGGCCUGUAGUGCUGCCGAUUAUUGGGUCACAUUUUGGACCCAACAGGAGGCCUACAGACACUUGAAUUCAACUCAGAUCAUCCCAAAAUCCGAAAACAGUUCCAAAAACUGGCACACACAAAUCACUGAUGAAAUUCUCAUCGAUAAUCAAGAAAUUUAUUUAAUCAAAACCGAAGUCUCGAUGUAUAUCUAUGCGGCUAUUAUUGUAGUUGCAAUUUUGUUCACACUUAUAAGAUCCUUCACUUUCUUCAAAAUGGCAAUGACAGCUUCGAAAAACUUGCACGGGAAAAUGUUUCAUGCCCUUUUGCAAGCACCAAUGAGAUUUUUCGAUACGAAUCCCAGUGGUCGUGUUUUGAACCGAUUUUCUAAGGAUAUGGGGGCUAUUGAUGAAUUUCUCCCAAGGGUUUUGAUUGAAGCCAUCCAAAUUCUUUUAGUGAUGAGCGGGAUUCUGGUCAUGGUCACUAUUGCCAACUAUUACAUGGUCAUAGCAAUGGUCAUAAUCGGGCUUUUGUUUCUUAAAGUCCGGUCCUGGUACGUGGCUACAGCUAAGGAUGUUAAACACUUGGAAGGGAUCACAAAAUCGAAUGUUUAUUCGCAUUUGAACUCAUCCUUUAAUGGAAUCACAACAAUUCGUGCUUCUGAAGCCCAGAUUAUGUUGUCAAAGGAGUUCGAUAGACAUCAGGAUAAUCAUACCUCGGCCUGGUUUUUAACUAUCGCUACAAGAGUCUGUUUCGGUCUAUGGCUCGACUUAUUGAGUGUCAUUUUCGUCAUCCUUGUCAUCUUUAGUUUCAUCAUUUUAAAUCAAUACUCUAAAGUGAAUGGAAGUUUAGUCGGUUUGGCAAUUUCUCAGUCGCUUAUUUUGACCGGAAUGUUACAAUUCGGAAUGAGACAAACCGCUGAAGUCGUAAAUCAACUCACAAGUGUUGAACGAGUCAUGCAAUACACGAAACUUGAUAGUGAAUUCAAAACUGAGGAAACGAUUAGUGAAAAACAAGAAUCAAUUCCUCUUCCAUGGCCUAGUAAAGGGUCGAUCGAAUUCCAGGACCUUUCCUUAAGAUAUUCCGAGAUUGAUCCCCCCGUCCUCCGGCAUUUGAACAUUGCUAUAGCUCCGGGAAACAAAAUCGGGAUUGUUGGGAGGACCGGAGCCGGGAAAUCGUCCCUAAUUUCGGCCCUUUUCCGGCUUGCACCACUAGAGGGAAAAAUUUUGAUUGAUGGAAUUGAUACAAAAACUAUCGAGUUGAACCGUCUGAGAAAAAAAAUCUCGAUUAUUCCUCAAGCACCCGUUCUUUUUUCGGCAACGCUACGCUAUAAUUUGAAUCCGUUUGGAGAGUUUGAUGAUAAAAAAUUGUGGGAUGUUUUGGAACAGGUUGAAUUGAAAGAAGCCAUUCGGCAUUUGGACGUUCCAGUGUCCGAGGGCGGGAGCAAUUUUAGUCUAGGGCAGAGGCAACUGCUGUGUUUAGCAAGGGCUAUCUUGAGGAAUAAUAAAAUUUUGGUUUUGGAUGAGGCAACUGCCAAUGUGGAUCCAAGGACUGACGCUUUAAUUCAAAAAACCAUCAGGCAAAAAUUCCAYGAUUGUACAGUUUUAACCGUCGCUCAUCGUUUAAACACCAUAAUGGAUUCAGAUAAAGUCCUGGUAAUGGAUUCUGGGAAAGUAGUGGAAUUUGAACAUCCCCACUUAUUAUUACAAGAUGAAGAUGGAUAUUUUUCGAAAAUGGUAGCAGAAACCGGGCCUGCUAUGACGCAACAAUUAAAACAAAUUGCAAAUGAUUGUUACUUAAAAAACUUUAAGUAAUAUGUAUUCUUUUUUGUUUUUAAUAAACCUAUUUAUUUUUA